UAAAUUGGUUGAAUAGCGGCUAGAUCCUGUGAUUAGUACACUAAUCCUCUGGAAAGAACUCGUUGAAAUGACGAAAAUGGUUCAACAGUCAUUGUUUGAGUGUGUUUGGAGCUUGUCUCGACAUCAGGGUUUCUCGCCCUGGGCGAUCAACAUACGUAUCAAAGGCUGGAAUGGAAAUAAAGCAGUCUUGAGACGCUGCUUCACCGUACAAUUUUUUCAUACGGUGAAUUCCACUGGUUUCUAGAAUUUCAUUUGCAGUGUUCGAGUAAACGACAACUUGUUGCUGUUCCCAAGCAACCAGAAGAGGAAGACAGAAGAGAAUGCUGCGAUAACGAAUCCCAGGGACACAGAAAGAUGCCGCAAGGGAACAUCCAGUAUCAAGGGACGCAGAGAAGAGCCUGCGGUCCAGGAGCGCACUGGAACGUUCAGGUGGUGAGAGACAAGGUGACAACACGGUGCUUGUGGUACGCCUGCGAAGCUCUCGGAAUUGGUCUGCUACUAAUGCUUUUAGGCGCUUGCAUGGCGACCAUAGGGUACUUCGCAGACCAACUUUCCGUGGCUCAGGAAGUUAGAGGUAAUAUAACAGUAAGAGUGAAGAACGAGUCGCGUGGAUUUCACCUGAACAACCUCAGUUAUGCUGGACCAAUAGUCAUGGGCGUAGGAGGUUUCAUCGUAGUGGCAGCCUGCGUGAUGACCUUCGAGGCCCGCGACAACGCUGCCAAGGUGGUGCCAGCGCGUUUCCGCUUUAACCAACCGUCGACAAUAAAGAGCAUCAGAAACCAGCGCAAUAGAAGAUCCAUAUCCAGCCAGACAACCAAAUGGGACCACCAGCUGGGUGUCUUCAGGAUGAACAGAAGCCCAAGUCCGAGUUUGCACGAGGUUCUACGGAAACAAUUGACCGCGGAAUUCAUGCAGUUCUCCAAAGAAAUGAAGGAGAAGCAAGCUGGACAUUCCAUCAAGAAGAGUCCCAGCGCGCCAACCUUGGUGGACAAGAGAUCACCUCGUAAGAGGUCUCCUAAAUAUGCUGGGUGCGCACUGUUGAACCCUGAAUUACUGCAGAGACAUGCUCUGUCUGUUGACAAUCCUAGCUACAAUGUUCACCAGGUCAGUAGAGAAAGUCUGGACCAUCAAAGGAUGGGAGGCAGCCAAGUUUCCAUGGCGAUGGACCUGCACAUCCCCAACAAAGUCCCAGUCACGCUAAAAGUGAAGGACAGGUCAGAUACAGCCAGGCGCCACCAACUGCUUCGUCAAACCAAAGUUGAAUACGUAGAAGAAGUAGACGAAGCAGCACGAUCGCCAACCAGUCACACUUACUCGCCUAAUUCGCUAGGAAAGAGAAAUUCCAUGGACGUGAAGCUGUUCGAGGAGCUAACAGCAACCAAGGAUUUCACGAAAAUAUCACCCAGGGACUUUCGCAAGAUCUCCUCGCCAAGCUUUCAUAAAAUUUCAUUGGAUAAGGUUGGGAACGAAAGGAGGAUCGAGAGGUCCAUGGGCAAUCGUAAGGCCAGCCUCGAGUUCAGAAGAAGUCCUGACUUCCGUAAAGGAGAUUAUAGGAAACUGUCCAUGGAGAGAUUCAGCAUGGACUGCACCAAAUACUUCUCGGACGAGGUAGGAAUCAGGUCGAGGGCAAGCAGUGGCGAGAACCUGCGUAGGCAACGUCAACCUAAACUCUACCAGUGCAACUCUGACGACUGUAAACGAAGAUCGUUUGAAAGACACCACAAAGAUGGCCAGUCGAGCAGAUGUUCUCUAAACACGCAAGCAGUUAUCGAGAGUGCAGGUGAUUCGGACUUCAAGUACUUUGUCGAGACGUCGUUGGAUACCGAAGAGAGUCGUGCAGACUAUUCCGAUGAGAGUCGCACGGUCGAUAUAGACGAGCCAGCCGUGGCUUUGUCGUGUGGAGGAUCGAACGAAGUUGAUGCCUUGCUCGAGGAACCUGAACUGGAGAAUCUUCCAGAGAAUGGGACGGAGAGUGCAAGGGUACACGGAAGUGCUAGGGAAGAAAUGAAGCCAGAGAUAGCGGAUGAUACCAAGAAAAAUCGUGAGAGUACAGAUAAUUUUAUUACAAAGAGUUUUGAAGACUUUAGGAGGAGCGAAGAGAAGACUUUGUAUAUAGCGGAUGAUGAAGUUUGAAGAGUAACCAUUAAUGUCAAUGGGCUAAAU